AUCACACGCCGUGCCCCAGAUUAUCGCUAUCUCGCUUGGCCGCAGUGUACAACAGCAGCAGCAGCAGCAGCAGCGGGAUCAGACAGCGCCGGCCUCCUCUGCUUCUUCCUACUACACCUUAGCCCUGGCUCUGCAGCUCGACUCUGCUGCAUUGACUCGUGUUGCGCAUUCUUUCCUGUUCUCCUGUUCCCUCCCUUGACAUCAUCGAGCCGCAUCUCGACAUGACAGAACUAGUGGAGAAGGGCGUCCCCGGUGUGCAUGCCGAUGAGAGGCUCGCGCAGAUGGGAUACAAGUCGGAGCUUCCCAGGAAACUCUCCAUGAUGGCCGUCCUCGGUCUGUCCUUUGCCAUCAUGGCAGUACCCUUUGGCUCGAGUACAACCUUGUCCUAUAGUCUCAUCAACGGCGGGCCGGUCACCGUGCUGUAUGGAUGGAUCUUCGUCAGCAUCAUCUCCCUAUGUAUCGGUGCGUCGCUUGCAGAAAUUUGCAGUUGCUAUCCAACAAGUGGCGGCGUCUACUUUUGGUCAGCUAUGCUGUGUACGCCCAAAUGGGCGCCGCUCGUCUCGUACAUCACGGGCUGGUUGGGUCUGAUUGGCAAUUUAACGGUCACGACUUCCAUCUGCUUCUCAGGUGGUCAACUCAUCCUAUCUGCCAUUGGUUUGUGGAAUGAAGACUUUGCACCAAAGCCCUGGCAAGUCGUGUUGAUGUACUGGGCUGUCCUCCUCAUUGCUCUUGCGGUCAAUGUUUUCCUGGCCGCCUACCUCGAGGAAAUCAACCAAAUCUGCAUCUACUGGACUGGCGCGUCUGUCAUUGUGAUUGUCGUGACAAUCUUGACAAUGGCUCGUGGUGGCAGGCGCUCAGCAGACUUUGUCUUUUCAAACUAUGACACUUCCCGCGCUGGAUGGGCUCCUGGAUGGUCUUUCUUUGUUGGACUGCUCCAAGCUGCGUACACACUCACAGGCUACGGCCUUGUAGCCAGUUGCUGUGAAGAGGUAUGCAAUCCCGAGCGGGAGGUACCCAAAGCGAUUGUCCUGAGUGUCGCUGCAGCGGGCAUCACGGGUGUCAUCUAUCUCAUUCCAGUCCUAUUUGUACUGCCAGACAUUGAUCUGGCUCUCGGCGUCAGCACAGGUCAGCCGAUUGGUUACAUCUUCAAGCAAGCAACAGGCAGUGCAGGAGGUGGUUUCGGCUUAUUGUUCCUUAUUCUGGGUAUCCUCUUCUUUGCCGCUGUUGGCAGUUUGACGGCAACGUCACGAAACUUGUAUGCAUUCUCACGCGACGGUGCAGUUCCUGGCAGUGGGCUGUGGUCAAAAGUCAAGCUGAAUGUGCCCCUCAAUGCACUGAUUGCUUGUACCAUUAUUCAAGGGCUGCUAGGACUGAUUUAUCUGGGCAGUGCAGCGGCCUUUAACGCUUUUACCGGUGUCGCCACCAUUUGCCUUUCGGCGAGUUACGGCGUGCCUAUUCUGGUGCUUGUUAUUCGUGGCAGACAUCUGGUUGCUGAUGCAGCCUUCAAGCUUGGGAAGAUUGGUAUUAUCAUUAACUUGAUUACCGUUGCAUGGAUCUUCCUGGCGAUUGUCUUGUUUUGCAUGCCAACAGCAGUGCCAGUGACUGAUCCAGGCGCCAUGAACUACGCAAGUGUCAUCUUUGCCUUUAGUGCAAUCUGCUCGCUGUCGUGGUACCUGAUUUGGGGUCGUAAGAACUUUCGUGGACCACAAUUGUUGCAGGUGGGCGCAGAGGGAGGCAAUCAUGUCAUGCCGGUUAGUACAUUGGAUGGUCAUUUGGCAGAGACUGGCUCGAAUGAGUCUCCGAGGAAGAAGGAGGAUGCAAGUUUGUAGAAGUAGUCUGAUUCUUGUCUAUCAUCAUAUUCAUCACAACCAUGGCGAUUGCUGUUGAGCAAGGUGUGAGACGUGCUGUAUAGCAGGCUAUCUGCACCCUCUA